UAUGCUCAAGCAGAAGAGGAGAGUUUACAGGUCGUGGAAGCAGGGGCUGGCCACUUGGGAAGAAUAUAAGGCUGCUGUUAGAGGAUGUAGGAAGGCAGCUAGGAUAGCCAAGGCCUCCUUAGAAUUACAGCUGGCGAGAGGGGUCAAGGACAGCAAAAAAAACUUUUUCAAAUACAUAGCAGAUAAAACUAAUACCAGAGGCAAUGUAGGCCCACUGAUGAACGGGGUGGGUGCCCUGGUGGCAGAAGAUACAGACAAGGCAGAAUUACUGAAUGCCUUCUUUGUCUCUGUCUACUCUGCCGGAGGCUGUCCUGGGGAGCCCUGUACCCCUGAGACCCCGGAUGAAGCCAGGUCAAUGGAGGAGUUUGCUUUAGUCGAUGAGGACUGGGUUAGGGAGCAAUUAAAUAGUCUGGACAUCCAUAAAUCCAUGGGUCCGGAUGGGAUGCAUCCGCGGGUGCUGAGGGAGCUGGCUGAAGUCAUUGCUGGACCGCUCUCUAUCAUCUUUGCCAAGUCUUGGGAAAUGGGGGAGGUGCCCGAGGAUUGGAGAAAAGCAAAUGUCACUCCAGUCUUCAAAAAGGGCAAGAAGGAGGACCCAGGUAAUUAUAGACUGGUCAGCCUCACCUCUGUCCCUGGGAAAGUAAUGGAACGGCUUAUCCUUGGUGCCACCUCAAGGCAUAUCAAGGAUAAGAGGGUUAUUAGGGGCAGUCAGCAUGGCUUUACCAAGGGUAAGUCAUGCUCGACCAACCUCAUAGCCUUUUAUGAGAAUGUAACAAGGUGGAUGGAUGAUGGCAGAGCGGUGGAUGUGGUCUACCUAGACUUCAGUAAAGCCUUUGACACAGUCUCCCACAGCAUCCUCACAGCUAAGUUGAGGAGGUGUGGUCUAGACAAUAGAGUAGUGAGGUGGGUUGCAAACUGGCUUAAGAAGAGAAGCCAGAGAGUGGUACUCAAUGGUGCGGAGUCUAGUUGGAGGCCAGUGUUUAGUGGAGUG